UCCGCUGCGCGCCUGGAAGGAAGCGGCGGCUCCCUGCCCGGGGGGAUGUUAGCCCCGAGCCCGGCUGGGCUUGGGGCGCUUCGCUGCCCAUUGCCCCGCGAGCUCCGACUGGGGGGCGCCGGAGCGAGCUGAACUUUUCUUCCUUUGGUUUGAUUUUUGUGCAUCGUUGGAAAGCGGAGCGCGGGGCCCCCCCUGGGCUGAGCCGGCCCCGGGGAGGGGCAUGGCGUGCGGCGGGGGGAGCGGCGCCAGCCCGGGGCCCGCCAGCCCGGCACCGCUCUGGUACCACCGGGACCUGAGCCGAGCGGCGGCGGAGGAGCUGCUGGCCAGAGCCGGCCGAGACGGCAGCUUCUUGGUGCGGGACAGCGAGAGCGUCUCGGGCGCCUACGCCCUCUGCGUGCUGUUCCAGAAGCACGUCCACACCUACCGGAUCCUGCCAGAUGAGGAUGACUUCCUAGCAGUGCAGACGUCGCAGGGAGUCCAGGUGAGGCGAUUCAAGACCCUGAACGAGCUGAUCGCGCUCUACCUGCAGUCCAACCAGGGCCUGGUCUGCACCCUGCUCUUUGCCGUCGAGCGGGAGAAGGAGAAGGAGAAUGCCGAGGACAGGGACUACUCAGAUGGGGAGGAUGAAAAGCCCCCGUUACCGCCGCGCUCCGGCUCCACCAGCUUCUCCCCUGCCAGCCUCGGGCCAGCCACACAGGACGGGGCCAUCGAGAGUGCCACCAACGGCCUCAGCACAGUCUCCCACGAGUACUUGAAGGGCAGCUACACCCUGGACCUGGAGGCUGUCAAAGCCGGGGCCAGCAGCCUGCCCCAUCUCAACAAGACCCUGGUCACCUCCUGCAAAAGGCUACACAGCGAGGUGGACAAGGUCCUGUCCGGGCUGGAGAUCCUCUCCAAGGUGUUUGACCAGCAGAGUUCUCCCGUGGUCUCCCGGAUCCUCCAGCAGACCGCUGGCCAGACGGGAGAGCAGGAGCUGGAGAGCCUGGUGCUGAAGCUGUCUGUCCUGAAGGACUUCCUGUCCGGCAUUGAGAAGAAGGCUCUGAAGGCUCUCCAGGACAUGAGCUCCACGGCCCAGCCUGCCCCGGUCCAGCCCUCCUCCCGCAAAGCCAAGAGCAUCCCCGUGCAAGCGUUCGAGGUGAAGCUGGACGUCAUCUUGGGGGACCUCACCAAGAUCGGCAAGUCGCAGAAGUUCACGCUGAGCGUGGACGUGGAGGGCGGGAAGCUGGUGGUGCUGAAGAAGCAGAAGGACUCCCAGGAGGACUGGAACACGUUCACCCACGACAAGAUCCGACAGCUAAUCAAGUCCCAGCGGGUGCAGAAUAAGCUGGGGAUCGUCUUCGAGAAGGAGAAGGAUAAAACUCAGCGGAAAGAUUUUGUCUUCGUCAGCGCCAGGAAGCGGGAGGCAUUCUGCCAGCUGCUGCAGCUGAUGAAAAACAAACAUUCCAAGCAGGAUGAGCCCGACAUGAUCUCCGUCUUCAUCGGCACGUGGAACAUGGGAAGCGUGCCUCCCCCCAAGAGCAUCACGUCCUGGUUUACGUCGAAGGGCCUGGGGAAGACGCUGGAUGAGAUGACAGUCACCAUCCCCCAUGACAUCUACGUCUUUGGCACCCAGGAGAACUCGAUGGGGGACAAGGAGUGGGUCGACUUCCUCCGGGGCGUGCUGAAGGAGUUCACGGAGAUCGAGUACCGCCCGAUCGCAAUGCAGGCUUUGUGGAAUAUUAAGAUUGCCGUCCUGGUGAAACCGGAGCACGAGAACCGGAUCAGCCAUGUCAGCACCUCGAGCGUGAAGACCGGGAUCGCCAACACGCUGGGCAAUAAAGGGGCCGUGGGAGUCUCCUUCAUGUUCAAUGGCACCUCUUUCGGCUUUGUGAAUUGCCACCUGACCUCAGGCAACGAGAAGACGGCCAGGCGGAACCAGAACUACCUGGACAUCCUGCGCUUGCUGUCCCUGGGCGACAAGCAACUCAGCUCCUUCGACAUCUCGCUCCGCUUCACCCAUCUCUUCUGGUUCGGGGACCUCAACUACCGCCUAGACAUGGACAUACAGGAGAUCCUCAACUACAUCAACCGCAAAGAGUUCGAGCCGCUGCUCAAGGUGGAUCAGCUCAACCUGGAGAAGGAGAAGCACAAGGUUUUCCUGCGAUUCGGCGAGGAGGAGAUCACCUUCCCCCCAACCUACCGCUACGAGCGGGGCUCCCGCGACACCUACGUAUGGCACAAGCAGAAGCCCACUGGGGUCCGCACCAACGUCCCCUCCUGGUGUGAUCGCAUCCUGUGGAAGUCGUACCCCGAGACCCACAUCAACUGCAACUCCUACGGAUGCACCGACGACAUCACGACCAGCGACCACUCCCCUGUCUUCGGAGCCUUCGAGGUCGGAGUGACAUCCCAGUUUGUCUCCAAGAAAGGGCUCUCCAAGGCCUCAGACCAGGCCUACAUUGAGUUUGAGAGCAUCGAAGCUAUCGUGAAGACGGCCAGCCGGACCAAGUUCUUUAUCGAGUUCUACUCCACCUGCCUGGAAGAGUUCAAGAAGAGCUGCGAGAACGACAUGCAGAGCAGUGACAACAUCAACUUCCUGAAGGUUCAGUGGUCCUCGAGGCAGCUGCCCACGCUGAAACCGAUUCUGUCCGAGAUCGAGUAUCUCCAGGACCAGCACCUGCUGCUCACGGUCAAGUCCGUCGAUGGCUACGAAUCCUACGGUGAGUGCGUGAUCGCCCUGAAGUCCAUGAUCGGCAGCACCACCCAGCAGUUCCUCACCUACCUGUCCCACCGCGGGGAGGAGACGGGUAACAUCCGGGGCUCCAUGAAGGUCCGGGUUCCAGCCGAGCGGAUGAGCACGCGGGAGAGGCUCUACGAGUGGAUCAGCAUCGACAAGGACGAAACAGGAGCUGCCAAGGGGAAGCUGCCGCUGGUCUCCCGGGCCAGCCAGGAGCACGCCAAAUCCGCCGGACGGAAGCCCCUGCCGGGGGAGACGGCAGCCUGCCCCCUCGGGAAGCUGUCUGACGAGCCGGAGAAGCCCAGCACCCUGACUGCUGGCCGCCUGCCAGCCCCGCUCCGCGGCACCUCCAGGGAGGAGACCUCUCAGACCAGGUCCAAGCAGGACUCGGCCUCAGAGCCCGACGGCGGCCCCACGAAGAACAGCUUCAAUAACCCAGCCUACUACGUGCUGGAGGGGGUCCCACAUCAGCUGCUGGCUGCGGAUCCCCCCACCCCCUCCAAGGGGCCGGCCCCCAAGAACAAAGUGCAGAUCACGGUGCCUGUGCAGCCAGAGCGGCGCCGCCAGCCGCUCCCAGGCCGGGGCGAGGAGAGCUCCUCCGACGAGGACACAGGCACCCUCAACCUGCCGCCCCCCGACUUCCCACCCCCGCCCCUGCCCAAGGCCGUGGAGUUUGAGGUGUCUGAAAACCCUCUCUACGCCAGCGCCAAGGACCUGGGUGGGGCAGCUGGCAGGGAGGAGCCCGGCACUGCCAAGCCCUGGGCUGCUGUGGCCUUCAGCGACCCCUUGGAGUCCAAGCUGGCCCCACCCAAGCUACACCCAAGGCCUCCCCUCCCCCCCGGACCUGGCUUCCUGGUGGAGCCCCCCAGUGCCCCCCAGGCUCAGGGAGGCCUCCUGGACGAUCGCUCCUGUUCGGUGCUGCAGAUGGCCAAGACCCUGAGCGAGGUGGAUUAUCCAGGUAGCAAAGGGGGCAGCGGCCUGGGGCGGGAGCAGCAGGGCCGGCCGGCCCCACAUCUGCUCAGCAAAGGGCGGCUGGACCUGCCCCCCAGGUGCAUGCACCCCGACUACAGCCGGCCCAUCACCUUCCCGCCCCGUUCCAUCCGGGAGAGCAUCGAGGAGGACCUGGCUGAAGAGGCGCUGGGCCAGGGAGGGAGGAGCAGCUCCAGCCUGAGCGAGUGCAGCGUGGGCGAAUGGCUCCUGGCCCUCGGGCUGGAGAGGUACGAGGAGGGGCUGAUUCACAACGGCUGGGACGACCUGGAGUUCCUCAGUGACAUCACGGACGAGGACCUGGAGGAGGCCGGGGUGCUGGAUCCCAACCACAAGCGCCUCCUGCUGGAGAACCUGCUGAAGCUCAGGAAGUAGCAGGAAUCUGUGUCUCCCACACCAGGGCCUGGGCGUGCCGCUCCUGUUCGCAUCCCCCGUCCCCCUCCUGCGCCCUCCUACGUCGGGAUCUCGGGGGCUUUCACUGUGCCUGCACCCCCCUCCCCCUGGCGGGGAGGGAGGGGACUCGAGGCAGCCACGAGCUGCAUCCCCAUGGGACACUGGUUUAGUGCUGCAUCUGCAGGGGGCACCCCAGAGAUGGGGCUGUGGGAGCGGAGUGGGGAGGAGCCACCCCACCGCAACCCAGAUCCUACCUGUCCUCGCCUCCCAUGGCUUCCUGGAGGAAUCAGGCCUGAGCCAACCCAGAGCAAGGGGGCGACAGGUGGGAGCGGGCAGAGAGCUGCACGUGGGCUGAGCAGUCCCACAGCUGGGGGCUGGAAGUGACCUAGGCCAGGGAGCAGGGCACUCUGCUGCCUAAGUUAUUGCGUAUUUAUUGAACCAGGGGAAGAAAGUUUGUCUUGUUUCAUUGCCAGGCAGCCUAGGCUUGCUCCAGUUUAGGCCUCUCCUCCUCCUUUGUAAAGAGUUUCCCCUUCAGCCAAGCCAGGCCCUUUCCUGCCCCCCUGCAUCCCGCGGGCUCGCAGCGCUGUGGGCAGCGGCGGGCAGGGCCUCUCCCUCUUCCCCGGGCAUAGGUGCCACUGGGUUACAGUGCUCCAGGCACCAGAGAGCAACCAGGCUGAGCAAGGGGCUGGAGCGCUCUAUUGAGGGGGGUACGCGAGCUGCCUAAGUGGGGACACGAGCCUGCAUCCGCCCGGAGGGUGGGGAAUUGGGGACAGGCUCUGACUGGGAGUCAGAGGCUGGAAUUAACCUGGGAGGCUUGGCCCGGAGCCGAGGAGGAAUUCCCUGCCAGUGCGCUGGAUCUUUCCCCAUGGGAGUCAUGACAAAACAGCCGCCCCCUGUCUCCCGCCAGGCGCCUCAGCAUCCUGGGAUACGUCCCAGCCAUGUGGUUAGCCAGGGAGGGCUGUCUGCGUCAGGAACGGUCUUUCCGCCCAGUGCCUCUGACCCAGCGAAGAAUUGGAGUGGGCAGCAGGGUCUAGGCUCAGUGGGGGAGUAAAGACUAUCUCAGCUCUUCUGCUUGACUGUGGGAGCCCAUGGCGGGGGCAAUGGUCCCUCCACUCACUCCUGAGUCCUCCAUCCUCCUCUGGCCCCCAUUUUCUCCUCUCCUCCCCGGCUGUAGCGUAGUUACGCCUUAGGAUCCCGCUAAAGCACUCCUAGUGUAGCCAGGGCCACACCCAGGAUCAAAGGAAGUCUGUGGCAGAGCAGGAAUUAAACCCAGGUUGCCCCCAACCCAGGAAUUAAACCCAGGCUAGUGCGCCACCCGCUGGCCAAUCUUCCCUGGCAUCCUUCCUGCCAGCUCAGCCCUGCCCAUCAGGCGUCUAGCCAGGCUCCAUGCACUGCCUCCUGCUGCCCUGUCUUCUAGCUGCUCCUCACCGGGCAUGGGGACCCAAGGGUCCUGCCUUCAUCUGUGCCCGCCGUCCACGAGAGCAAGGGGCAGCGUUUGUACCCGGCGCUUUAUUCCCCCCCUCGGGUCGGCAACGUCUAGGGGCACACCCGUGGGCUUUAGCGCUGCAAUGAGUGAGGGGGCGUUUCCCAGGGAAGCGUGGGAGAACCCGCCUGUCCUUUCUGGGCCCACAAGGGGAAUUGUCGGAGGACUGCCAGCUCUGGAGAGUGGUGCUCACCUGCAUCCACACUGCAGAGGGGUCAGGGGAGCAGCUGCUGCAUUCAGCUCGCUCGAGCUGUAGCUUGUACCCCUGGCGGGCCAGCCUACAUGUGGGGUUUGGUGUGGAGGCAGGACUCAAGCUAGGGGCAACACCCGAGUUACAACGUGAGUUCCUGCUGCAGCAAAGACAAGCCCCGAGUUCAUGUUCUCUGUGCCUGCCUGCAUCACAUUAGUUAGUUAGAUAUUGGGGCAGCAAGCUCAGGUGCCUGCGAGGGCCACAGCCCUGCCCCAUGUGCUGCUGGCUGGAGAGCAAGUCCUUCCACUGGCAUCAAGUCUUUACUCACCAGUCUGAGCUGCCAGCAGAGAGUGGGAGGACGUGGCAGCUGAGACAGGCUACAGCAAAGUUGCACCCGCUUGACUGAAAGUGUUAUUUCAAACCGGUUUAGUUGAACCAGAGCAAAACAUAGUGUCAGAGUCCUUAAUCCAAAUUAAACUCGGUUUAUAUCCAUGUACGUUAGCUUUGAGUCCUUGCUGAAUUAAGAUAAAUGGAUAGAAACUGGGCUGCAAUUGGCUUAAGAGCACAUGUACUAGAGUUUGCUCCAUUUUAACGGAAUUGGUUCUAAAUCACAAACUGGGUGCAGCGCUGGCCGGUGUCUGUAGCGUCCUCGCCUGCUGCUGAGCGAAUCCAAAGUGAGUCUAGGACCCCAGCUGCCUCCCUUCAAGCCAGGCAGGGCCAAGGUUCUAAUGCCAGGGACUGGGGCUCCGGACACCUGGGUUCUUUUCCCACUUCAGAAGCCAAGAUGCCCAAGGCCCCGUCCAACCGCUCCUCUGUGUGCUGGGGGAGAGGGAAACUGAGGCUAUUUCACUAAUGCCUUGAGAUUGUAACUGCAAAGGACAUCAUAGCUCUCCCAGUACCAUAAGCGGCUCCUUUGCCAAACUCAGCUGUGCCAGUUUCCUUCAGGGAGUGGAGCUCCGGCACCCCACAAGCGCCAGAGCGUUUAUAGGCACCUGUUAAAUCACAGAGCCGGGGUGGGUCAUUCCACUGCCAUGUGUAGACAGCUGAGAUCGCCCCCAUCGCCGCCCACACAGGCUCUAGCUGCUGAGGCAUAACCCCAUUUCUUCGCAGCCUCCUCCCAGCUAUUCUCCACCUGCCACUUUGUAACUGACCCGGGCUCUUGGGCAGCCCCUUGUGGCACUGAAGAGGUUGGUCUGCAAGGCCCUGGGGUGGAUGGAGACGGGGCAGGCCCUACCCUGAGCUCUUUGCCAGCGAGGGCCUGAAGAGGAACAUAGUUCACCCCUCCCCGGCCACCACGGCCAGGCACAUCAGCCUGGUUGCUGGAUGCUGGCAGCGCAUGGGUGGCUGCUUGGCCAACGUGUUCCAAGCGGGAACGCAGGCAAUGGGGCACUCACCCCCACUCUUCACUAGGCUUGGGUGACUCAACCCUCCCCAGCGUGGGCCACGUGAGGCAAGACCCCAUGCCCCAUCAGCCCCACCCUCGCCCACUGGCACCAACCCCGUCUCCAUUAGCUCGUGGCAAUGGCAGGCUGCUAAUCUGGACCAGCCACCCGACGGGGACCCAAAGGCAUUGAGCAAGCAUGUGGUGUUAACAGCCGUCUCCUCUGACUCCUCUGGAGCCAGCUGCGCAUGGGGUCAAUCCCGCAGUGUAAGGCCUGUGGCGUGGGGGGCCGAUACAAAGCCCCCCUGCUUUGUGGCGAGUUUGAAUCUGGCCUGAGGCAGUGGUGGUGGCCGGAAGCUGUUGCUGGAUGAUGUUGCGGCCAGCUCUCCAGGCAGGGUGAGUGUCUUUCAGCCCCUUGCGGGCUGCCUCCUUGACUUUCUCUAGGCCCCUUUCCCUGUUAGCCAUCAGGAAGAUCCCAGGGGAUGCGCUGAGUGGCACAGGGAGAGAUCAAGCCUUAAGGACGGGCGAAAGGCCAGAGCACGGCCAGAACUCAGGUGUCUGAGUUUGUUCACAAUUUCAGUUUUAAGCAGUUCUCAUUUCAAGACACCAGCUGCCAAGGGGGACAGCCCCUUAGGUUGGUGCUGAGGGCAGGUCCCUGCUCACCGAUUUCCCUUUCCGACCAAAGGGAUCGUCACUGUGAUUUGGUUCCAAUGAGGACCUGCCUGUCGGUGUCAGUGAAACAUGGCUGGCUACUGUCCCUGUGUUAGCACAGCUGUCUCUGGGCUAGGAUGGACUGGAACCUUGUUCAGAGGCUGUUCUGAGCUACUGGUUUGUGGACAUGGGAGUAGGAGUCAGGAGCCCUGGCUUCUGUUCCCAGCUCUCAUGCCGACUUGCUUGCCUGGCCCUUUCGCCUGCUCAUUUCACCGCUCUGUGCCUCAGUUUCCCCAUGGAGGCAGUGGUGCUCAUCUGCUUUUCCAGAGCCAGAGGUGAGCAUAUAUGCCCCAAGAGACAUAUCCAACCCUUGGAGGACUCCGCUAGGUCACUGGAGCCUUUGCCCAUCCCAAGGAGAAUCUCCAAUGGUGAUGAAGUGGCUCUCACAGAGAAAUGAAGGAUGUGUUUGUUUCCAGUGCGGUUUAGCUAUCAGGCACGGGAAGGAGCUGGUCCCCGUGAGGCCUGACAGGCUCUCUGCACCCCACCUUGUCUCUUUGUUAGCGAGGCGUUUGGUGUGACUUUAAUCCUACUAAACUACCGUCGUGUUGUGUUUUUUGUUGUGGUUGAAAUCACGAGCUAUUUUUUUAAUGUUUAAUUUAAUUGUUAUUUGAAACUCUCUUAUGCUUAAUAUUAUUUCUUGGGGGAGGCAGGAGAUGAGAAUUUUAAGUGUUAGGAUCUGAAGACUUUGCGAGAUGUUCACUUUUUAUGUCCAGGAGUAUCACAUUCUGAAGUAAUAAAAGGGCUUGUUUGCU